UUAGAAUCUAUCAUGUCUUUAUUGAAAGUGGAUUUGCCGUUGGCUAAGGAAAGAAAAACAGGCGAUAAUGUGCAUAUGAUAAAAAUGUGAAACAUCGAAGAAAAAAUAACUUUUAAAUUACUUAACCGAUAAUACAAGGUUCUCUUUAACGACCACAUUAGUUUGUAAUUAAUAAUCAUUAAAAUUUACAAUGUUAACAGGAGUGAUUGACGGUACGCAGUUGUGUUGCGAGAACAAUUCAUCUAUUAUCGGACGUGUAACUGUCGAAGAUGACGUUAUACGAAGCCAUGUAACAUCCUUAAUAUGGAUUUCUUACGGUAUUAUAGUUCCAAUUAUAUUAGCCAUUGGUAUUUUCGGUAAUAUGAUAAUACUUAUCGUGCUGUCCGCCCCGGUGUUUCGUGGAAUCGCAUACUUGUAUCUCAGCGGACUCGCUCUGGCUCACAUUGGUGUUACACUAUCUUGGAUAACGAUCACAUUAAGAUUGGGCUACGGUAUGAAUAAUAAUUAUUUGUCAGCUUUUUACUAUGCUUAUCUUGAGCUUGUUAUUCUGAACGCUUUUUCGGCUGCCAGUGUUUUCAUCAUGGUCUGUUUAAUCGUGGAUCGAUACGUUUUUGUAUUCUUUCCGGCACGCAUUCGCACCGGAAACACGCGCAAGAAUGUCAACACCUUCAUAUUAUCUUCGUUUAUCGCCGGUUUUGUGAUAAGUAGUCCGUUAUCGAUUAUGAGAACUGUUUAUGCAGAACAGAAUGGACCUGAUAUGUUUUUCAUAUUACGCGAAAACGUGUCCGUCACGCAGAGCAAGAUAUGGAAAAUGUAUAUUUGGACAAUGGAAAUUAUAGUGCAAAUUUGUCCAUCGAUUCUGUUUAUCGUACUGAAUAGUUUCGUCAUUAAGAGGUUUCUACAAUUAAACGCACAAAAUCGGCAAUUCCACGCUGCCACGGACAAGUUUCGUGCUAAUAACACACAUGACACAUCGUUAUUAUCUCGCAAUCGAGGAUAUAAAGAGGAACAACAUUUGGCGAUAUUGACGACAACAAUGAUUUUGUGCUUCUUUAUUACGACAAUUCCGCCGGGUCUCAUGUCGAUAUUACAUGUCAAUUAUCACCCGCCUGAUCUGUCUUACCAAACUUUUCGAGUGUGCUCAGCGAUCAUAGAACUCAGCAAUUAUGUUAUUUAUAUCUUUAUAUAUCUCAUUUGCAGUACAGAAUUUCGAAGAGAAUUAUUGCGAAUUCUACAAGGAAGGUGUAAUGAAAAUGCGAUGCAAGAUGUUGAUCAACCGAUAGGCGAAAUUGAAGACUACAGUCGACACGGCACUACUGUUCGAUUAACACCAGAACAUACCAAAUUAAAUUCUCCUGAGUCCCCGACUAAAGAAGGUAAAAUGGAGGAAGAGAUACAAUCUUCAGACGCUACCGCUUUUAUGUUAGAGAGUCGCGUUAUUGCAUAACUAUAUAAUUAUGUAUUAAGAUUAAAAAAAAAAUUAUAUAUUAUAUGUUUGUACUUAUCACGAAUCAUAUCGUAUUAUUAUAAUGCAUCCAUAAUAUACUUAUCUAAUGAUGAUCUUAAAU